AUGCCGCCAAUAAAACUAGCUCCGAAGCGACGCGACGCAAAAGCGCAAAAGAGCUACCUGGACUCCGUUGCUGAUAAGCUUCUGGAGUUCUCGACGCCAAAACACAAGCGAGACCCAGCCCCGGCAUCAACUUUGCACGUCGAGAAAUGGGACGAAAUUCUUCCCUCGGCGCAUGGGCAGGUUGCCAGGAGAGCAGCCGUCGCAGACACUGAAAACCCAACACUAACACUUGCAAUCCUUGGAGCCCACCUCUCCGGAAAUUCACCACCCACCCGCGUCCUCCCACGACAGUACGCUGAAACCUCCACAAUCCCAGCCUACUACGGGGCGCUCUACUCCAGCCCCUCUCCGGGCGCCGUAGUCGGCAUCACCCUCGGCGCCGUCGCAGGCUUCAUCCUGAUCCUUUUCCUCAUCUACACAUGCGUCAAUCUAGGCGGCUACUCAACAGCAAUCAGCGAAUCCGGAGGGACCGCGUCGGUAGUGACGCGGCGGAGCCGACACCAUUAUCACUCCUCGCACCACAGCGAGGUAGAGGGUGGCGGCCGUAGCCGUGGCGUGUAUAAACACCGGGGGGGCAGCAGGCGCCGGUCAAGGUCCACGUCUUCGGCUGGUGAUGGGCCAGAAACGGUGGAGAUACGCAGGACUACCAAGACGACCCGUGAUCACCGUGGUAGGGAACAUGGACACGGUCACGGCGACGGCAUUGUUCUUGAAGAGCGGCACCGGUCAAGGUCGAUGGGACACGGACACGGACAGGGACACCCGCAUGGAGAGCCGGUUGCCCAGCGCAUCGUGGUUGAGGAGAGGAGGAGAAGUACCAGGAGACAAUCGAGGACAGCAGCGAGGUCGCGGUCGCCGCCAAGACCCAUUGUGGUGGAGGCCUCUGAGCCCUCGCUUCCUCAUGAGAGAGAGAGGAUUGUGGUUGAGGAGGAUGUUAGUAGUGUGUCGUCGCCGCCGGGGCCGCCAAGGCGGAGGAGGAGCUCGGGAUACCGCGAGAUUCGACCAGAUGAGUUUGCGGCUGGGGAUGAGCCGUUGAGGGAUGUGAGGAGGUCGAGAAGUAUUAGCCGACAUAGGGAGUGA